CACCCCUUUCCCCUGCACCUUGGGUGGUGCUCCCCCUCAAGCGCCUUGGGCCGGAGGCUGGUGGGGGUCCUGGAACCAAGCUGUGCCCGCGUGUUUCGCCUUAGAAAGCAGGCGGCGGCCCCGGCCUUCCUCCUGAUGUGUCCCCACACCUCUAGCAAUUAGGCGGUGACCCCAACUUUAUUCCGUGUGUGUUCCCCCCUAGAAAGUUGGUAGUGGUGCCGUCUUCUUCCGGAGUUUUCCUUAGAAAUCAGACGGCGGCCACAUUCCUGGGGAAGAGAGUGUGUUCUCCCUCUGUGUUCCUCCUCAAAAAUCAGUUUUGAAAAUUGCUGUAGUUUAGCCUGCGACGCUUGUGAUUAGAGUCAACAAUUUGAAAUGGCCAGCUCACCUGAUGCAGUCAUCUCUUCUCCACCAGCUCUCUUAAGGUCUGGCUCAGUUUAUGAACCUCUUAAAAGCAUUAACCUUCCGAGACCUGAUAAUGAAACUCUGUGGGAUAAAUUGGAUCAUUAUUACAGAAUUGUCAAGUCAACUUUGCUGCUGUAUCAAAGUCCAACCACGGGUCUCUUUCCCACUAAAACAUGCGGUGAUGAUCGGAAGGCCAAGAUCCAGGACAGUCUGUACUGUGCUGCUGGGGCUUGGGCUUUGGCUCUUGCCUACAGGCGCAUUGAUGAUGACAAGGGAAGGACCCAUGAGCUGGAGCACUCAGCUAUAAAAUGUAUGCGAGGAAUUCUCUACUGCUAUAUGCGUCAGGCCGAUAAGGUUCAGCAAUUUAAGCAGGAUCCACGCCCAACAACAUGUCUUCACUCUGUUUUCAAUGUGCAUACAGGAGAUGAGAUCCUCUCCUAUGGGGAAUAUGGCCAUCUUCAGAUAAACGCAGUGUCGCUCUAUCUCCUUUACCUUGUGGAAAUGAUUUCCUCAGGGCUGCAGAUUAUCUAUAACACCGAUGAGGUCUCUUUUAUUCAAAACCUUGUAUUUUGUGUAGAAAGAGUUUACCGUGUGCCUGAUUUUGGUGUCUGGGAAAGAGGAAGCAAAUAUAAUAAUGGCAGCACAGAGCUACAUUCGAGCUCUGUUGGCUUAGCAAAAGCAGCUCUAGAAGCAAUUAAUGGAUUCAACCUCUUUGGCAACCAGGGCUGUUCUUGGUCGGUUAUAUUUGUGGAUCUCGAUGCUCACAAUCGCAAUAGGCAAACUUUGUGCUCACUCUUACCCAGAGAAUCAAGAUCUCAUAACACAGAUGCUGCCCUGCUCCCCUGCAUCACUUAUCCUGCAUUUGCCCUGGAUGAUGAAGUUCUGUUUAGCCAGACACUUGAUAAAGUGGUUAGAAAAUUAAAAGGAAAAUAUGGAUUUAAACGUUUCUUGAGAGAUGGAUAUAGAACAUCAUUGGAAGAUCCCAGCAGACGCUACUACAAACCAGCUGAAAUUAAGCUAUUUGAUGGCAUUGAAUGUGAAUUUCCCAUAUUUUUCCUUUACAUGAUGAUUGAUGGAGUUUUUAGAGGCAAUCCCAACCAAGUAAAGGAAUAUCAGGACCUUCUGACUCCAGUACUUCAUCAGACCACAGACGGUUAUCCUGUUGUACCAAAGUACUACUAUGUGCCAGCUGAUUUUGUAGAAUCUGAAAAAAGAAACCCUGGUAGUCAAAAGCGAUUUCCUAGCAACUGUGGCCGUGAUGGAAAACUGUUUCUUUGGGGACAAGCCCUUUAUAUCAUCGCAAAACUCCUGGCUGAUGAAUUAAUCAGUCCUAAAGACAUUGAUCCUGUUCAGCGCUAUAUCCCACUACAGAAUCAACGUAACGUGAGCAUGAGGUUUUCCAAUCAGGGCCCACUGGAAAAUGAUUUGGUAGUUCAUGUAGCACUCAUAGCAGAAAGCCAACGCCUUCAAGUUUUCCUCAACACGUAUGGUAUUCAGACUCAAACUCCUCAGCAGGUAGAACCUAUUCAAAUAUGGGCUCAGCAGGAGCUCGUGAAGGCUUAUUUCCAUCUGGGUAUCAAUGAAAAGUUAGGACUCUCCGGAAGGCCAGAUAGGCCCAUUGGCUGCCUCGGGACAUCAAAGAUUUAUCGCAUUUUAGGAAAGACUGUGGUUUGUUAUCCUAUCAUCUUCGACCUAAGUGAUUUCUACAUGUCUCAAGAUGUUUUACUGCUGAUAGAUGAUAUAAAGAAUGCACUACAGUUCAUUAAACAAUAUUGGAAAAUGCAUGGACGUCCCAUUUUCCUUGUUCUCAUCCGGGAAGACAAUAUAAGAGGUAGCCGAUUCAACCCCAUAUUAGAUAUGCUGGCAGCCUUCAAAAAAGGAAUGGUUGGAGGAGUCAAAGUUCAUGUUGAUCGUCUACAGACGCUGAUAUCUGGAGCUGUGGUGGAACAGCUUGACUUCCUACGAAUCAGUGACACAGAAGAGCUUCCGGAAUUUAAGAGUUUUGAGGAAUUAGAACUUCCCAAACAUUCAAAAGUCAAACGACAAAGCAGCGCGGCCAGUGCUCCUGAACUGGAACAGCAGUCGGAUGUCGUGGUUACUGAAUGGAAAAACAAACCCACCCAUGAGAUUCUUCAAAAGCUGAAUGACUGCAAUUGUUUGGCUAGCCAAGCCAUCCUGCUGGGUAUACUACUCAAAAGAGAAGGCCCCAACUUCAUCACAAAGGAAGGUACCGUUUCUGAUCACAUUGAGAGAGUCUAUAGAAGAGCUGGCAGCAAAAAGCUUUGGUCGGUUGUGCGCCGUGCAGCAAGUCUUUUAAGUAAAGUAGUGGACAGCCUGGCCCCAUCCAUUACUAAUGUUUUAGUGCAGGGCAAACAGGUAACUCUGGGUGCCUUUGGGCAUGAAGAAGAGGUUAUCUCUAAUCCUUUGUCUCCAAGAGUGAUUAAGAACAUCAUCUAUUACAAGUGUAAUACCCACGAUGAGAGGGAAGCGGUCCUUCAGCAAGAACUGGUCAUCCAUAUUGGUUGGAUCAUCUCCAAUAACCCUGAGUUAUUCAAUGGCAUGCUGAAAAUACGAAUUGGGUGGAUCAUCCAUGCUAUGGAAUAUGAACUACAGAUCCGUGGCAGAAACAAGCCAGCCACAGACUUAUAUCAGCUGUCACCUAGUGAAGUUAAACAGCUUCUGUUGGAUAUUCUCCAGCCUCAACAGAAUGGAAGAUGUUGGAUGAACAGGCGUCAGAUCGAUGGGUCUUUGAAUAGAACUCCCCCUGGGUUCUAUGACCGAGUGUGGCAGAUCCUGGAGCGCACACCCAAUGGCAUCAUCGUAGCUGGAAAGCAUUUGCCACAGCAACCAACCCUGUCGGAUAUGACCAUGUAUGAGAUGAAUUUCUCCCUCCUGGUGGAAGACAUGUUGGGAAAUAUUGACCAGCCGAAGUACAGACAGAUCGUUGUGGAGUUACUAAUGGUUGUAUCCAUUGUACUGGAAAGGAACCCUGAGCUAGAGUUUCAAGACAAAGUAGAUCUGGACAAACUGGUGAAAGAAGCGUUUCAUGAGUUUCAGAAAGAUGAGAGUCGACUAAAGGAAAUUGAAAAACAAGAUGACAUGACUUCCUUUUACAACACUCCCCCACUGGGAAAAAGAGGAACAUGCAGCUACUUGACAAAGGUUGUGAUGACUUUGCUGCUGGAAGGAGAAGUGAAGCCGAGCAGUGACGACCCAUGUCUGGUUAGCUAGUGAGGAGGUGUCAGAGGCUCUGUUGAGACAGUCUUUAGAAGUGUGUUAAGUGUUGUGUUGCAGCUUAAUCAGGGUAGCCAUUAAUGUAUGGACUGCUCAUGCUGGUGAGGUGGUUGCCACGCCCUUGGCAGAGUUAUUGGACCUCUUGCAUGCCGUAGCCAAUUUAAUGGUAAGAAAUUCUUUUAAUCAAGUGAAAAAAGUUCUCAGGAUUAUGCCAAUAAUCUUUACUGAAUGAUAGAAAUAGUUUAUUAAUUGAAAAUUCAAUAUUGCAUGUUUUAUGAUCAAAUAGCUCAUCAAAAUGAAUCUUUGCUCUUUGCACUAAAUUCCCACCUGCCAUUAAAAUGAAAUUUGCCAAUUACUACUACUAGUAGUAAUGCAGACUGGGAAUGAAAAGACAUUGAAAGAAUGGUGAACUUUUUCUAGUGGCAUUGUCAUGCUAGAAGAAAUAUUAAUAUACAUCAUAACAGCAAAAUCAGCCAGCUGAUAUUUUUAUUCUCAGAAACUGCAUUAUUGAUAAUAUUUUAGUAUACAGGGCUAUUGUACAAUUUUUACUUUGUAAACAUGACUGUGGUUUUGUAUUUGUGCUUACUGUAGAGGUUGGACUAAAGUACAGUGUAAUAAAUCUAUACCUGAUCAAACAUUUUCUUUGAGCUUUUAUAAAAAUAGGAUAUCUGUAGGAUUGUUCAGAAGUAUGGACGGGUAACCUAGUUUAUACUAGUAAAAACAAAAUUAAAAGUCAUUAAAUUUUAUUUCUGAAUUAAUAAAUAUAUCUGGACA